GUUAACAAUUUCUCCGACCGAAGGUGAAUGUCUUUCAAUUUAUGCGAGCCGCAUGAUGACGUCACUUACAGCGAAAUGACGUGAGAUGGACGUGGAGGAGAUUGCAGUUUCGGUGACACUGGCUAAAUUAGCUCAUUUAGAUAGCAGACUGCAGCGCCUGACCUUUACUUCAAAGGUGCACACCAGAAGUGAAUUACAAACCGAGAUAAAGGCAUUUACAUUUAACAAAAGGAAAAAUAAGCAAGACGAAAUCUCUCUACCAGAUAUAAAGAGACAGAAGUUGACAACAAUAAAAUGUAAUUUCUGUGGGAAGCUUGGCCAUAAGAUGGUGGAAUGUAGAGAGAAACAAUAACAAAAUUAUUCAUCACACGCUAAGAUAAGUAAAGGCAUAACAUGCUAUAAAUGCGGUGAACUUGGCCACAUUUCAACCUAUUGUAAUAAGCCUAAAUUGGACAAGGCCCAGGAUACACGUCGGAUAAAAAGAGUGGAGCUGUGCGAGGUGGUGGAGCCCAAAGGCGAGAUGGUGCAUCAUGGUGAGACAACUUUUGAUUCGGGAGCGGAAUGCAGUCUAAUAAAACAAGAGAUAAGUAUGAAGUUAGAUGGGAAAAUAAUUAAUAAUGUAGUGAUACUGAAAGGUAUUGGCAAUGACAGCAUUUGUAGAACAUUGCAAAUACUUAGCAACGUAAAUAUUAACCAUCAUUGUAUUGAAGUAUUAUUCCAUGUCGUGGACAAUGAGUAUUUCAAAAAUAUUAUUGUUAUUGGAAUAUCAAUACCAGGAAGAUUCGAAAUUGUAAGAUCAAAAACUGUAAACUCUUGUUCAAAUUAUCAAAAAUUUUUCAAGUUAAAUACUGAUCUCGUUGGGGAAGAUAAGGAUAAAUUAAAAUCUUUACUGGAAAAAUAUUCAAAAUCUUUUGUUGACGGGAUUCCUUUGUCUAGAGUUAGUUCGGGUGAAAUGAAAAAUAAAUUAGUAGAUCCAAGAAAAGUUGUUCAAAGAAGACCGUAUAGACUUAGCCCCAAUGAAAGAGAGUUAGUACGAGAUAAGAUCAAGGAACUAUUGGAAUGUAAAGUUAUAAAACCAAGUUACUCACCAUAUGCAAGUACUAUAAUGCUUGUUAAUAAAAAAGAUGGCUCCCAUCGUUUGUGUGUUAAAUUCUAAUACGGUCUCAGAUAGAUAUCCUUUGCCCCUUAUAUCAGACCAGAUAGCCAGGCUUCAUGGAGCAAAAUAUUUUACAUGUUUAGACAUGGCAAGUGGAUAGUACCAAAUUCCCUUGCACGAUGAUUCAGUAAAGUGUACUGCUUUUGUAACUCAAGACGGACAAUAUGAUUUUUUGGCAAUGCCGUUUGGGCUCAAGAAUGCGCCAUCAGUUUUUCAGCGUACAGUGAUGCAAGCACUAGGAGACUUGGCAAAUACAUUCGUGGUUGUUUAUAUGGAUGAUGUAAUGGUGGCUGCUUCAACGAAAAGUGAAGCUUUGGAAAGGUUACAGAUUACUCUUGAUUGU